AUGCCUCGUCAACGCUCCUCCGCCCGCGCUCCUUCGCGCCCCACCGUCUCUGCUCCCGCGCCCCAGCAGCGCCGUCCUGCGACCACCAUGGCGGCUCCUCCUCCUCAGCAGCACGCUCCCACUGCCAUGGCGCCUCCUCAGCAGGUCUCCCAGGGCCCCGGACUGUUUGGCCAGAUGGCCAGCACUGCUGCCGGUGUCGCCAUUGGCUCAUCUGUCGGCCACGCCAUCGGCGGCCUCUUCAGCGGCGGCUCCUCCGAGCCCGCUGCUCCCGUGCAGGCCCAGGCCGCUCCCCAGCAGCAGCAGCAGUACAACAACUGCGCUGGUGCCGCCCAGAACUUCACAAAGUGCCUCGACGAGAACGGCGGCAACAUGCAGAUCUGCAACUGGUACCUCGAGCAGCUCAAGGCCUGCCAGGCUGCCGCCAGCCAGUACUAA